UCUCAUUCGCACGCCGUCAGGAAUCGAGCCCCUGUAUUCUUACUAGAGGUAUUCUAGUGCGGAAAAUCGGUGUCGCCUGUUAAACAGAAUGGAAGAAAUGGAAGUUGAAAACGAAGAAAGCAACGAAAAAGAAGUGAUUCAAGAAGACACAGAUGAAACCAAGAAAAUGACAGGCAACGAAAUAGAUAAGCAAGUGAAUAUAAAAAUCGACGACAAGAAUGAGUCCGACAGCAGUGAUGAUACCGAAGACGCCAAUGAAGCGGAAGUGAAAUCUCUGGAAGCUAACCUGGCGACGAAUUCAUAUGAUUACGGCAGUCAUGUAGCCCUGAUCAACAAACUGCGAAAAAUGGGCGAGCUGGAGCGCUUACGAAUUGCUAGAGAGAACAUGAGUAUUGUGUACCCAUUAAGCCCCGAUCUCUGGCUUUCCUGGAUACAAGACGAAAUAAGUUGUGCAACUACAACCGAUCAGAAAGACAAUAUAGUUAAACUAUGCGAACGAGCUGUUAAAGAUUAUAUCUCUGUGGAAGUAUGGCUAGAGUAUUUGCAGUUUAGUAUUGGGAAUAUGUGUAUAGAAAAAGAUGGAGCUAAGAAUGUUCGUCAACUUUUUGAACGGGCCUUAACUACUGUCGCAUUGCAUACUAUUAAAGGAGCUAUUAUAUGGGAAGCAUUCCGAGAAUUUGAAACUGUUCUGUUGACAUUGGUCAAUCCUGAAAGUAUAGCUGAAAAGAAAGAAGCACUAGAGCGCAUUGGUAAUUUAUUCCGACGACAACUGGCUUGUCCUCUUUUAGACAUGAAUAAAACAUAUGAGGAAUAUAAAUCAUGGCGUGCAGGAAAUGGUGCUGAAGCAGUUAUAGAUGAAAGUAUUGUUUCAAGAGGUUAUGAACAGGCUAAUGCAAAAUUAAAUUCCAUUCUUACUUAUGAGGAGAAACUUAUCUCUACACAAGGCGAAAAUGAACUGCUUGAUGCUUACAAAGAAUAUUUACUGUAUGAAAAACAACAAGAUGAUCCGGGACGUAUUACAGUUCUGUACGAAAGAGCAAUAACCGAUUUAAGCUUAGAUGUAUCAAUUUGGUUAAACUAUCUCACUUAUCUAGAGGAUAAAAUUAAGAUCGAAUCUGUGUUGGAUACUGUUUAUCAAAGAGCAUCGAGAAACAUACCAUGGUGCUCAAAGCUUUGGCAAAAAUGGAUAAGAUCGUAUGAAAGAUGGCAGAAACCUGUAUCAAAAGUACAAAUAUUAUUGGAAAAUGCCUUGACCACUGGCUUCUCGAUAGCAGAAGAUUAUCGAAAUUUAUGGAUGACAUAUCUCGAGUUUCUGCGACGUAGAUAUGAAAUGGUUCUUGAAGAAGAAGAGAAACGUCUAGAUGUCCUUCUUGACACAUUUAAUAAAGCAUGCGAUUAUAUGGCUCAAUGUUUCGGGUUGAACGGCGAUCCUGAUUGUAUUAUCCUACAAUAUUGGGCAAGAACUGAAGGAAUACAUGCAAAUAACAUGGAAAGGGCAAGAGUAUUAUGGGCUGAUAUCCUCUCGCAAGGACAUUCUACGAAAGCAUCUUAUUGGCUAGAAUAUAUAGCACUGGAAAGAUACUGCGGUGACACAAAGCAUUUGAGGAAAUUGUAUCAUAAAGCAUUAGCAUCAGUAACAGACUGGCCGGAAAGUAUAGCGAAUUCUUGGAUAGAUUUCGAACGCGAUGAAGGUAAUUUAGAGCAAAUGGAAAUAUGUGAAAUGAAAACGAAAGAGAAACUUGAGAAAAAUGCGGAAGAGAAACGAAAAAUUCAAGAAACUUCUACUGAAAGUAAAUUGUCUAUGCAUUACAAGAAAAUAAACAAACGAAAAUCUGACGAUACCGGAAAAUGGAAAAACUUAAGUUGUCUUCAACCGAAGAUAGUAAAAAAUGACAAAAUACAAGUAAAACCAAAAUUACAAGAUUAUUUAAAUAUUAAUGCUAAAAUAAACAAUAAUGGAACAGAAUCGGAAUCAAAAAUUAUACCGCCCGGUUUUACAGUACUAGAGAAUAAAUAUAUAGAUGCAGAUAAUCAGAAAGAAGUAGAUAAUAAUAUUACAGUUUUUGUCAGUAAUUUGGAUUACACAGCGACUGAAGAGGAAGUGAGAGAUGCUUUAAAACUAGCUGGACCAAUAACAUUAUUCAAAAUGAUCAAAGAUUACAGGGGACGUAGCAAAGGCUAUUGUUACGUACAAUUAAGCAACGCGGAAGCCGUGGAAAUAGCUUUGAAAAUGGACAGAAUUGCAAUAAGAGGGCGUCCUAUGUUUGUAUCAAGAUGCGAUCCGAACAAAAAUACCAGACGGUCCGGAUUCAAAUAUAGCUCUACACUCGAAAAGAAUAAAUUAUUUGUUAAAGGAUUACCGAUUACGACGACAAAAGAGGAACUUGAAGAGAUAUUUAAGAUUUAUGGAGCUUUGAAGGAAGUUCGUUUAGUUACUUACCGAAACGGACAUUCGAAAGGCUUAGCUUACGUUGAAUAUUGCGACGAGGCAACUGCUGCGAAGGCUCUUUUAGGUAUUGACGGUAUGAAGAUUCACGGCAAAGUGAUCAGCGUUGCUAUAAGUCAACCGCCCUAUCGCAAGAAAAGUCAAACCGUGGAGGACAACGAUGGACAGAUCAAGUCAUUAGGUGCAACAGCGACUAGCCGUACAGCAUUUGGCGUACCCAAAAUUUUAUUAUCUAUGGUACCUCGUAAUGUUAAGAUUAAUAGUAGUAAUGAUAGCAGUAAUGGUAAUGUAAAUCUCACUGGACAUGGAGUUGCACAGUCAAUGAGUAAUCAGGAUUUCAGAAAUAUGUUACUUAAUAAGAAAUAAAAUGCUAUAUUAUACAACUAGACAGUGUUCACAGCCAGAUUUUAUAUAUACAGGAUAUUCUAAACUUUCGAGAUAGCAAGAUAUUUCGAAAACAAAAUAUUUUAAAG